CGUGACAAAGAUAGUGCAAGACACAAUAGUAAUUUUCUUUUUAUUCAAAAUCUCACACACAGUAAGCAUUUAAGUAUGCCAAACCUGUCAACUUCACUACACACUAAACUCAAUUUUUCUUCAAAAGCUCUCUGUGUGCUUCAAAGAUCGUUGUCCCAAACUUGCCCAGUAUUGGAGAUUGUGCAUGGAUCUAAGUGGUGACUGGAAAAAGUUCAGAGCUUUGUAUUUGGGUUAUUAAUGUGAGUGAAAGUUGUGAUCUCUGUUGUUGUGGCUAUUGAUUUCGAUUGAAAUGGAACAAGGCUUUGCUUCAGACUCUGUUCCACCAGCAGGGUCCAUUGACAAGUCUAAGGUUUUAGAUGUGAAGCCUAUGAGAUGUCUUAUGCCUGUUUUCCCAUCCCCAAAUGGAAUGUCAUCUGUUUCAACUCCUCAACCCUCACCUUUUGUGUGUGUUCCUCCAAGUGGUCCUUUCCCACCUGGGGUUUCUCCAUUUUAUCCAUUUUUGGCCCCGAACGGGUCCGGAAGAUCAGGUGAAAAUCAGGAAGCUUUUGGUUUUGGGACGCCUAUAUCUCCAGUUCCCUUAAAUUCAUUCAGAACUCCAACCGCGAAUGGAGACACUGGGCCAAGGAGGCCCGGCAGACCUCGUGCUACGAAUGGCUUAGUUGCAGAAGAUGAUGGUGUCAGCGAUUCACAGAAUCAGAGUGACCAAUUCGGCAGUGGCUAUAGCGUGCACAUUAAUGAUGUAGAAGACACAAGUACAGGGAAAAAAAGGGGAAGACCGAGAAAGACUAGGAUGAGUCAUCCAGCUAACUCCCAUGUCGAAGUGGAUGUCGAUCCAAUACUAAAUCAGCUUCUUGCAUCCUUUAAACUUGUCGAUGUCGAUCAGGUUAAAAAAGCUGAUGGUGACAAGGAGCUAGUUGGGCGAAUACUAUUGGCAUUUGAUGUGUUUCGUAGAAGGUUGACCCAGAUUGAUGAGAAAAGGGGUGAGACUCCAGGUUCUGCAAGAAGGCCGGAUCUAAAGGCUGCUAAUUUGCUGAUGACAAGGGGAGCUCGGACAAAUCAGACAAAGAGGAUUGGAAAUGUACCUGGGAUUGAAGUUGGUGACAUAUUCUUCUUCAGGAUGGAAUUGUGCCUAGUUGGUUUGCAUGCACCUAGUAUGGCUGGGAUAGAUUAUAUGAGUGUCAGACUUACAGGGGAUGAAGAGCCUAUUGCUGUUAGCAUAGUGGCCUCUGGAGGAUAUGAUGAUGAAGGGGAUGAUGGGGAUGUGCUAAUUUAUACUGGCCAGGGUGGAGUCCAGAGAAGGGAUGGCCAAAUGUUUGAUCAGAAACUUGAGAGGGGUAAUCUUGCUUUGGAAAAGAGUAUGCAUCGCGGCAAUGAGGUGAGAGUAAUUAGGGGUGUUAUAGAUGUUACAAAUCCGAGGGGGAAGAUUUAUAUGUAUGAUGGCCUUUACAGGAUCCAGGAAUCAUGGGCAGAAAAAAGCAAAUUGGGUGACUGCAGCAUUUUCAGGUACAAAUUGCUUAGAGUACCUGGGCAGCCUGAAGCAUUUACAUUGUGGAAAUCAAUUCAGCAAUGGAGAGAUGGAACAGCGACACGUGUUGGAGUUAUCCUACCCGACCUAACAUCUGGUGCAGAGAGUCAACCUGUUUGCCUUGUAAAUGAUGUUGAUGAUGAGAAGGGACCUGCUUAUUUCACAUAUAUCCCAAGUCUGAAGUACUCAAAACCUUAUAUGAAGCCUAAUCCAUCUAUGGGCUGUCAAUGUGUUGGCGGAUGCCAACCUGGAGGGUCCACUUGCCCUUGCACUCAGAAAAACGGAGGCUUUUUGCCCUUUAGUUCACUUGGAGUUCUUGUGAGUUACAAAACCUUGAUACAGGAGUGUGGUUCUGCCUGUUCAUGCCCUCCGAAUUGCCGAAAUCGAAUGUCUCAAGCAGGUCCUAAAGCGCGUGUGGAGGUCUUCAAAACAAAAAAUAGAGGUUGGGGACUUAGGUCUUGGGAUCCCAUACGUGGAGGUGGCUUUAUUUGUGAAUAUGCCGGAGAAGUUGUUGAAGAGUCUAGGGUAGGUGAGCUUGGCAAUGACGGUGACGAUGAUUAUAUAUUUGAUGCUACCCGCAUGUAUGAGCCAUUGGAACCUGUGCGAGAUUAUAACGACGAAUCGAAAAAGGUCCCCUAUCCCCUUGUAAUAAGUGCAAAAAAGGGUGGCAAUGUUGCUCGUUUUAUGAACCAUAGCUGUUCACCUAACGUAUUCUGGCAGCUUGUUGUACGUGAAAAUAACAAUGAGACAUACUACCACAUUGCCUUUUUUGCCAUUAGGCAUAUUCCUCCCAUGCAAGAAUUGACUUUUGAUUAUGGCAUGGUUCCACCAGACAAAGCAGAUCGUAGGAGGAAGAAGUGCUUGUGUGGGUCAUUGAACUGUAGAGGGUACUUUUACUAGUCGUCAUGGUCUGAUGAAGAAAUGGAGUUCACUGGUCACCACUGAAUCAAGUUGAUCAGUAGUUGAAGGUAGGAGCAAGGAUUUGGACUUUUGAUGCACCGUCAAAACGAUUGCCUCUGAAAUCUAGUAUUAUUAAUUAUGUCAUCACUUGAAGCCAGACAAGGAUAAUUGUAACUUGGCUUCCAACAACGCAAGACCUUUGUAGCUUUUGAUGUACUAAAACAUAGGAUUGUUAUUGACAGGGUAAAACCAAAUUAUUGCUCUUCAUAAUUUUCCCCAUCUUCGGCAAGUUGAUGUUAUUGUACUAUUCUAUAUCAAUGUAUUAAACUGUAGUGUUAUUUUGUUGUUGCUGCA